CAUACAGCCGCAUGGUGACGUCACGGCGCUGAUCGGGCACAGCGGCUGGGCGGGCAGGUGGGUGGGAGGCUGGGCGCCGCGCGGACGAUCGAUGGGCGCGUUGGAACCGAAAUAAGAAGGAAGGUGAUCAUAAAACCCCGCACGAGGAGGGGAGUGCGUGGACGUGGACGCGCGCGCGCGCGGCGGGGUGACUGUUAUUUGCUCGCUUGCGUGUUUGUUUGUGCGUCGGCGCGUGCCGAGUGGAGUAGCUGUCACGGAGGAGGAUGGAUGCGUAACAGGACGGAUCGAGCCAGCUGUGGCCUGCGUCUAACAGCAACAUCUGGCCGGGUCAGAGAGGGCGCCUCAGCAGCCAGCCGGCUCUGGACUAUAUCGAGGGGGAGGCGGAGGGAGAGAUGGAGGAGGGGGACGCAGAGGGGGAAGGGCCCAUGGCGGUCCGAGAGGGGCCGAGCUGUCUGGGCCUCACGCCCAACGCCAACACCACCACCACCACCAACAACCUCCUGGCGUCCGUCAAAGAGCAGGAGCUUCAGUUCGAGCGACUGACUCGGGAGCUGGAGGAGGAGCGGCAGAUCGUGGCGAGCCAGCUGGAGAGGUGCAUGCUGGGAGCCGAGUCCCCAGCAGGAGACAGUAGCAGCUCGUCCGAGAAGUCGUUUGCAUGGAGAUCUGCAGGAGACUCGCAGGGCGGAGCCAUGGAGGCGUCCAGAUGUCCAGGUCGUCCCAUGGAGGUGGAGGACGGACUCUACCUGCCUGAACCGGACCGGGCCUCCCUGCAUGACAGUGAGGGCUCCGGAGGUCACUCGGCGCAGAUGACCUCGUAUUCCGACAGCGGCUACCAGGACAGCAGCGUCAGUUAUUACAGCAACCAGAACGUGGUGCGUUCGGAGCCCCGAGCCUCGUUAUCGAGGAGCCCGAGAGCCGAGGGUCAAGCGUCUGGGCAGGUGUCCGGCCGGAUGUUACGCCGGAUGGCCUCCCUCCCCUCCAGGAGCCAGUCUCCCGGUUGUGGCACCGCCGGCACCGUCUCGCCCUCCCGCAUCUCCCUGCGAACCUCCCAGGGCAGCACCUACGACUCGCCCAUCCUCUCCGAGCCCAAACCUCUGGCCGCCGUGUUCCCCGGCACCAGCAUGCCGCCCUCCUGCCCUUCGCCAACCUCCCCGACUGAUGGCACGCAGGCCUUGGGUGGCGGCGGGGGAGGAGGGGUGACAGGAGUGGGAGUCGGUGGCCGUCUGGGAUCCACCCUGUCGCUGGUGGAGGGGAGGGCUCUGACGGGGUCACCGCUGCGGUCGGGGAUGACGGCGGUGCCGCAGCACUACGGCUCCACGCUGCCCCGGCAGAGCCAGCCGCUGGCCUACGGAGCCGAUCCAUACGGGCUGUACCAGAGGAGCGCGCUGCCCCGACCCGACAGCCUCAUAGGGCUCCACAGCUCGUACGCCGGCCACGCCGGGCAGAUCGAUCCGGAGCUGAGGGCGGCGUUGUCUCCGGACUGCCACAUGACGCCCGUCUUCGACGAGCGCUCCUUCCAGAGCCCGAUGUACCACAGCCCGACCCACGACGCCCAGGCCGGCUCCCUCUACAGGGGCAACGCAGGUAUGGGGACCCUCCCGAGGGCCACGAGCCACUGCAGCACGCUGCCGUACCAAAGAAGCAGCUACGGGCUGAGCACCGCGGCGCUGUACGUCGACUCCUACAGGGUCUCCGGCGAGCCCGUCUUCUCCCACCGCCACUCCGGGAUCGUGGACCGAGUGGCCACGCGCACCCCGUCCAUUGAGAGCAUCCACAAGGACCCCAGGGAGUUUGCCUGGCGCGACCCCGAGCUGCCCGAGGUCAUCCACAUGCUGCAGCAUCACUUCCCCUCCGUCCAGGCCAACGCCGCCGCCUACCUGCAGCACCUGUGCUACGGGGACAACCGGGUCAAGGUGGAGGUGUGUCACCUGGGAGGGAUCCAGCACCUGGUGGACCAGCUGGACCACAAGGUGGCCGAGGUCCAGAAGAGCGCCUGCGGGGCCCUGAGGAACCUGGUGUACGGCAAGGCCACCGACAACAACAAGGUGGCGCUGAGGAACUGCGGCGGCGUGCCCGCCCUGCUGCGCCUCCUCAGGAAGACGACCGACAACGAAGUCCGAGAGCUCGUCACCGGCGUUCUGUGGAACCUCUCGUCGUGCGACGCGGUGAAGAUGACCAUCAUCCGCGACGCUCUGAGCACGCUGACCAACACGGUCGUCAUCCCGCACUCGGGCUGGAGCAGCGUCUCGCACCGCGACGAGCACAAGGUCAAGUUCCAGUCGUCCGUGCUGCUGCGCAACACCACCGGCUGCCUGAGGAACCUGAGCUCAGCAGGGGAGGAGGCGAGGAGUCAGCUGCGUUGCUGUGAAGGUCUGGUCGACUCGCUGCUUCACGUCCUCAAAGCCUGCGUCAACACCUCCGACUACGACAGCAAGAUCGUGGAGAACAGCGUCUGCACCCUGAGGAACCUCUCGUACCGGCUGGAGGUGGAGAUGCCCUCCUCUCGUCUGCUCGGCAACCAGGAGCUGGACACCCUGCUGGGCUUCUCCUCCCCGGCCAAGGAGCUGGACUACCUCUGCUGGGGGAAGAGGAGGCGCGGCAGGAAGAGGGGCGGCUGGCCCGACGACAAGUGGGACGGCGUCGGGCCGAUCCCGGGUUUCUCGCAGCCUCUGAGGGGGGCGGAGCUGCUGUGGCACCCGAUGGUGGUGAAGCCGUACCUCAACCUGCUGGCUGAGAGCUCCAACCCGGCCACGCUGGAGGGCGCCGCCGGGUCGCUGCAGAACCUCUCUGCUGGAAACUGGAAGUUCUCAGCCUACAUCCGAGCGGCGGUGCGUAAGGAGAAAGGUCUGCCCAUCCUGGUGGAGCUGCUGAGGAUGGACAACGACCGGGUCGUCUGCUCCGUCGCCACCGCGCUCCGCAACAUGGCGCUGGACAGCCGCAACAAGGAGCUGAUAGGAAAGUACGCCAUGCGGGACCUGGUGAACCGGCUCCCCGGCGGCAGUCCGUCGGUGCUGUCGGACGACACGGUGGCGUCGGUCUGCUGCACGCUGCACGAGGUCACCAGCCGCAACAUGGAGAACGCCAAAGCUUUAGCCGACAGCGGCGGCAUCGAGAAGCUGGUGAACAUCAGCAAAGGACGAGGGAAAGGGUACUCGAUGAAGGUGGUGAAGGCGGCGGCUCAGGUGUUGAACACGCUGUGGCAGUACAGGGAGCUGAGGAGCCUCUACAAACAGGACGGCUGGAACUACACCCACUUCGUCACCCCCGUCUCCACCCUGGAGCGAGACCGCUACCUUUCACAGCCGACUCUGCCCACCAGCCCGCUGCAGAUGUCCCCCGUCAUCCAAUCAGGUGGGAGUGCAACGUCCUCACCGGCGAUGCUCGGGAUAAGACGACACAGUACGAACUAUCAGCGGGCGCAGUCAUCUAUGCAACUCGACACGUAUUAUGGAGACAACAGUUUACACAAACGGCAGUACACAGGGUCUGAGAAGAAAACUCCGUAUUUCAUUGGGACGUAUUCCUCCCAGUCAGGAGAGGAUCUGAGAAGGUCCCAGCACACAGAGCCAUUUUACGACGAGCCCGACAGGAAGAACUACAACAGCUACAGAAUGUACCUGUCGUCCCCACAAGGCUACGGAGAGGAGAGCUACGAGGACGAGCCGGUCCACCUCACCCCGUCCUCCCCCGACGGCUACGCCAGCCAAGCGCUCCGAUUCAAAGCCAACACCAACUACGUGGACUUCUACUCCACCACGCGGAGGCCUUCAAACAGGGCGAACAAGUUCACCGGCUCCCCCGACUCCUGGGUGUAAAAAAAAAAACAACAAAAAAACACCAUGUACGUUGAGUCUGUUUCCGUGGGUGUGUGCGCUGUGUGGUUGUGUGAAAGCGUGAGGAUGCAUGUGGAUGUGUGUGCAUCUGUGUUGAAACUGUACUGAAUGACCGGGCUCGGUUUGACACCUGCAGCUUUUGACUAAGUUAGAACACGUCCAGAAUAAUGCAGAUAAAUAUGAACUAAUCCUUUUUUUUUCCAACUUUGUUCCACACUAAGAAACAUCUUUCACUGUCGUAGAAAAACAGCAGAAAUUUUGCGCAUUUAACGCUGAAAUGAUUCGUCAAUUAAUCGAUUAAGUUUACUGAUAUUUAACGGACCAAACAUCAAAUCGGUUAAUUGAGAAAAUCAUCGAUAAUGGUACUAAUUUUUGAGAUUAUUGGUGCUCUACUUUUUGUGCAAUAGCUCUGUAAAUAGCAAACAAUUCUUGGAAAGUUCAGCAGGAGGAAGUUCACAACCCGCUCGGUUGAAAAAUGUCACGACCCAGCAGUUGCAUUUGCAGUUUAGUAAGUAAGACUCUGGGAUGGUGACGUACUUGUAUAUAAAUUGUUUAAAAAGGUUUUUAAUUGGUUUUGUAGAUACUUCACUGCCACUUCACUUUGUUUUAACUGUGUUUUAAACCUAUUAAAAACUCUCUGAAGCUUCUGCAGAGACGAAGACAUCAAGUACAUGACGAGGAGACUGUGACUGUCCUCAAAUUAACACAUGAAACAAACACAAGUCUCAGUAUUUUAUCACAGUUUGCAGUUUAAGAAACAUUCUGAAUAUACAAGAAAGCCCAAAUAGUUGAUAAAGUAUCAACAACUCAACAACAAUUUAUGGAAAACAUCAGGAGGUCGAGGAAACAUGGUGCUACGAGAAUCGACUGCAGUGCCACUAGGCGACAUAAUUAGCCGAGAUUUUCUGGAUUGCAUCGUCUCCUUUUCUUUCCUAAAGGAAGUCGAUCAAGAGAAAAUUACUAGUUUGCUCGAUUAAUCGCUUCAGUCUUUUUUUUUUCCUAGCAAAAAAUGUAAAACAUCGUCUGGUUCCAGCUUCUUAAACGUGAGGAUUUGCUUCUUUUCUUUGUCAUUUAUGACAGUAAAUGAAGAGUCUUUGAGUUUUGGACUGUUGGUUUAGAAAACAAACAGUUUGAAGACGUCACUUUGGGAUCAAGGAAAGCAUAUAUCACAUUUUUUAAAAUCGACUAAACGAUUCAUCAUCCUAGUCCGGUGUUUCCUUCAUUAAAGGAGAUAAGAAAGAAGCACUGAAGCACGUUUCUUUAGCUUCUGUCUCAUUUUGAUUUAGUUAGGAACCGUCCUAAAAGUCAUGUGACUCUCGCAGGACAACCAGGUGGACUAACGAUGAGACCUUAACGACUCUUAUAGGUGCAAAUGUCUCUUCAGCAUCAGUCAGAAGUAAAACAUCUUCCAGCUGAUUGCGAUGUAGCAGUUCUAGGUAAGAAAGAGGCUCAAACUUUUUAAUAUCUUGAAAUUUCUGGCUUGAAAAGAUAAAAAAAAUUGGA